UUAGUAAAGAAAAACAUGGACUCACAUAUACAUCUUCAUAUGUAAAUAAUUAAUAAAAAUAUAAAUAAACAGGCAUAAAUUUACAUAUACAUUUUCAAAUAAAUUUUUACUAUUUUACCAAGCAUUCACAUGUGAAUCUUUAUUUCUCCUCAAGACUUUUUACUUUUGUAUGCUUAUCAUGGAGGGUCGCGAAUGGUCUCUGACUUAUGUUUGUGCGUGUAGACACCAUAAAAUGGCAACACCAUUCUUUGUCUCAUUUUCUCUCUAAAGUCCUCAUAAUUCUCUCCCUACAAAAAGCACUUUCUUCCAAAUCACCAUGAAUCCUCUGUUUGUUUCAUAACAAACCCACAAAUUUUCCACCAUUGGUUUAUCGAGAAAAAUGGAGAAAAGAUUUGAUUGUGAUGAAGUGAUUCAAGAAUUUGAAGGUUUGACGAAAGAUGCGAAAAGGGUUCAAACCGAAACUUUAAAGACAAUCUUGAAAGAAAAUUGUGAAGCGGAAUACUUGAAAAAAUGGGGACUUCAUGGUAGAACUGAUCCCGAAACCUAUAGCUCUCGUGUUCCUCUCGUUACCCAUAAAGAUCUUGAGCCCUAUAUUCAAAAGAUAGCCGAUGGUGCACCCUAUCCGGUCCUCACCGGCAACCCAAUCACCACAAUUACGUUAAGCUCUGGGACUACUCAAGGGAAGCCCAAGUUUGUACCCUUUAAUGAGAAAUUGACUGAAACAACCAUGCAGAUUUAUCGGACUUCUUUUGCUUUUAGAAACAGGGCAUUUCCGAUCAAAAACGGAAAGUCUCUAAGCUUUAUCUACGGUAGCAAACAGUUCAAAACGAAAGGCGGUUUAACGGCGGCAACCGCCACAACGAAUGUCUAUAGUAGCGAGCAGUACAAGAAAACGAUGAAAGCGAUGCAAACUCCAUCUUGCAGCCCGGACGCGGUUGUUUUCGGGACCGAUUUUCAUCAAUCUUUAUACUGCCAUCUCCUUUGUGGCCUUAUUUUUCAUGAAGAAAUCCAAGUCAUUUUUUCCACUUUUGCCCAUAGCAUUGUUCAUUCCUUUAGGACUUUUGAGUUAGUCUGGGAAGAGCUCUGUAACGAUUUACGAACCGGGGUUCUAUCGACCAGAAUCACGGUUCCAUCGGUCCGAACCGCCAUGUCCAAGAUUCUGAAACCGAACCCGGAACUGGCUGACAAAAUUCACAAGAAAUGCUCGGGUUUAACCGAAUGGUACGGCCUCAUCCCGGAGAUCUUUCCCAAUACCAAGUACAUUUAUGGGAUCAUGACGGGAUCCAUGGAACCAUAUUUGAAAAAACUUCGACACUAUGCCGGAGGAAUACAGUUACAGAGCGCCGAUUACGGGUCGUCCGAAGGGUGGAUCGGAGUAAACAUUAACCCAACAUUGCCCCCCGAAAUGGCAACUUUUACCGUUCUUCCUAAUAUCGGGUAUUUCGAGUUCUUACCCUUGAGUCAGGGUCAAACUGAUUUUGACUCUGACUCUGAUUCUAACUCUAAUUUCACGUCGGUCGAGCCCAAAUCUGUGGGCUUGACUGACGUCAAGGUGGGCGAAGAGUAUGAGGUUGUGGUCACCAACUUUGCGGGUUUGUACCGAUACCGGCUUGAGGACGUGGUCAAGGUGACCGGAUUCCAUAACUCAACCCCCGAGCUCAAGUUCGUUUGCAGAAGAAACCUAAUGCUGACCAUAAACAUCGAUAAAAACACCGAGAAAGAUCUACAAUCGUCCGUGGAAGCCGCUGCCAAACUCUUAACGGCCGAAAAACUCGAGGUGGUUGACUUUACGAGCCACGUUGACCUUUUAUCAGAGCCGGGCCAUUACGUGAUCUUUUGGGAGGUGAGUGGGGAAGCAAGUGACGAGCUAUUAAAAGAAUGCUGCAACCGGCUAGAUUUAUCGUUUGUGGAUGCGGGUUACGUGAGCUCGAGAAAGACGAAAGCGAUUGGAGCGCUCGAGCUUCGGGUUCUUUCGAAGGGAGCGUUCCGGAAGAUUCUAGAUCAUUACAUCGAACAAGGGACGGUGUUGAACCAAUUUAAGACACCACGGUGCGUGGGUGCGAUUAACCAUGGUGUGUUACAGAUAUUAUGCGACAAUGUGGUCAAGAGUUAUAUGAGUACGGCUUUUGAUUAAGGUUUUUAUUCCAUUUGGGGUUCUAAAUAAAUGGUCUCUUUAAACUC